AUGUGUGACCUCACAGCACAGGCAAUCAGCAGUUUGCUACAAUUUCCAGAGGUAACUGUAGAAGCACUUGGGGCGGAUGAGAUCAAAUUGGACUCCGUGCUACAUGGAAAGUUUGCUACAGGCAAGAAUGGGCUGGCCUGGCUGGCGUGUGGUCCUCAGCUAAAAGUAGUCAACUCUGUCACAGGGGAGCGUCUUUCAGCAUAUCGGUUCAGAAGCGUUGGGGAGAACUCUCCCAAUAUCCUGGCAGCGAAGGAGUUCUGCUGGCUGAAAAGGACAGGCCUUCUUGUGGGACUGGAGGAAACGGAAGGGAGCAUGCUCUUUCUCUAUGACCUGGGCAUAUCACGGGUCGUGAAAGCUGUGGCUUUACCUGGAAGGAUAACUGCUAUUGAACCAUUAAUAAAUCACGGUGGUGGCAGUGCCAGCACCCAGCAUUUACACCGUAGUCUACGCUGGUUCUUUGGGGCUGUGGCAGUAGUGACAGACGUGGGGCAUGUUCUGCUGAUUGAUCUGUGUUUGGAUGAGUUGUCGUGUAGUCAGAGUGAGCUAGAAGCUUCAGGUCUUAAAGUGGUCAACAAGUCUCUACAGAUCUCACGAAUCCGUGAGACUGCGACCAGGGAAGGGAGACAUCUAUGCCUUCAGUUACAGAGCCCGUCAGGGACUACAGCUACAGCAAUUCAGUACCUGACAAGAACAAACCAGUUAGCAGUUGGGUUUUCAGAUGGCUGCCUUCAGCUUUGGAACAUGAAGACAUUAAAGAAAGAGUAUCACUCACAGUUAGAAGGUGGGAGAGUGUCUGUUCAUGCUUUGACGUUCCAGGAACCUGAGAAUGAUCCUCGUAACUGCUGCUAUCUUUGGGCUGUACAGUCUGCCCAGGACAAUGAAGGGGAUAUUGUUAGCUUGCACCUGUUGCAGUUGGCAUUUGGAGACAGGAAGUGCCUGGCUUCUGGACAGAUCCUCUAUGAGGGUUUGGAAUACUGCGAGGAGUGUUACAGUCAGGACCUGACUGGGGGUGUAUUCUCACAAGCCACCAGCACCCGACUGCUUGGCUGCCAAACUAUUGAACAGUGUAGGAGCCACCUUGAUCGGGAUGAAAGCAUGAAUGACGUCUCUUCGCUUGACACAAGCGUGGCCAUCUUCAGUUGCCAAGUGAAAUCUUAUGGGCAGUGCAAACCCUCUACUUACCUGGGUGUCUUUGAUAUUGAUCGCUGGUACCAUGCACAGAUGCCUGAUUCUUUAAGAACUGGCGAGUUUCUUCACAGUUGCUCCUAUUUUGCUCUGUGGUUGCUGGACGCUGUGACAGUGACCUCCCCAAAUCCCCUCCUGGACAUCUUGGUUCAUGAACGCAGUUUUCUUGGCUUUUUGGGGAUUGUACACCUAACAUGUUCUGGUUUUCAGAAGGAGACAUUAAGUUUCCUAAAGAAAUCUGGUCCUUGUCUAAGUGAAGCUAUUCCUGAUGGUUACAACAGGUGUUUAAUGGCUGGCCUGCUGUCUCCCCGACUUUCUGAUGUGCAGCCUUCCAGUCUUAUCCAGGAGGAACAGUUGGAAGCCAUACUAUCAACUGUCGUUAAAACAAGUUCCUUUUGUCUGGUAACUGGGUGGACCCGAGAAGAGCAACCAAAGUCUGGAGCUAACCUACGCUUUGUACUUGAGCAGGCAUGGAAUAAGUUGGUUCGUACAAAAGAUGAACUUGACAACAUUUGUGCGCCACUCUUUAAUAGCUCCUGUAACCUCAUUGAUCCACAAACACUCCAGGUUAUGCAGCACUAUCAGUUGCUACUUAGCAACCUCAGCACCAUUUUUAAUUGCUUCCUCAGUGAAGCACAAGAACUAACUGAGAAAGGUCUAGUGGACUUAACGAACAAACAUGUGGUUGCCGACCUUAUUUUUCAAUAUGCCCAGGUGGUGCUGUGGUUCUGUCGUUCUGGUCUCCUGCCAGAAGGUACCGAUGUUCUGCAGAUAUCUAAGCCCUGCUAUAACUAUCCUGAAAUACAGAACUAUUAUAACGGCAGACGGCAAAAGCUUGAACGCUCAUCUAGAGGUAAAUGGUCUUCAAAUUGCCUUAUGAUUGAUGGAAUGGUGGCCCAGUUCGGAGAUCGAAUUGAGAAGGUAUGGAAGCGUGAUGAAGGCAGAACUGGAAGAUACCCGCCUCCAACACUGCAUGCAUUGCGUGAUGUUUACCUGUUGGAGAGUGCUGAAGAAUCUGCAAAGCAUGCAAUUGUUAUUUAUUUGUUAUUGGAUGUCCUCUAUUCUUUUCCCAAUAAACCAGAGUCUUCUGUUGAAUCUUUCCCAACUGCCUUUGCGAUCCCUUUGGGAUUGGUAAAGCUUAUCCAGGGAUUUUGGCUACUGGAUCAUAAUGAUCAUGAGACAGCUUUGGAUCUCAUCCUUCACCCAACCACUAGCCGAUCAAUGCUGUCUUGGCAACAUGCACGGAUAAUCCAGGCCUUGAUGUGCCAAGGGGAGCACAGACAAGCCCUUCGAUACAUACAGAUGAUGAAGCCGCCAAUGUCGACUAGCAGUGAAAUAAAACCGUACCUCACUGUGUUGAAGUUUAACAGGUGUAUGGUGGAGGCCUGGAGUUUGCUAAGGCAACAUUCCAAUAGGUUAAAUGUGGAGGAGUUGCUAAAACACAUGUAUGAAAUGUGUCAGGAGAUGAGACUAAUGGAAGACCUUCUAAAGCUGCCAUUCAUAGUCACUGAGCAGGAGUGUUUGGAGAAGUUCCUGCAAAGCAAUGGUGACCUUCAAAACCAAGAGUUUCUCAUGGUUUAUUAUUUCCAGCGAGCCAACUAUAUGUCAGCAUUGCAACUCAAUCAGACCCUAAAGAUGAACUUAAUGAAUGACCGAGAUCCUCAACUGAAAGAAAGAACAAUUGCCAGAAAUUCUAUUUUAGACCAGUAUGGAAAGGUUCUUCCCAGAGUGCAACGGAGACUUGCCACAGAACGAGCAAAACCUUACUGCCAUCCAUCCACAAUUCUGCGGGAAGUUUCAAGGCCAAAGCCAUUGUCCACCAUGGCAAAACCAGCUGCUUCAGGGAAUAUCCUCACAAGAGCAACCUUCAUUAACAAUGUGCUCUCUAAAAUUGGGGAGGUGUGGGUUGGCAAUAUUACUAAACCGGAUCUGUUACCAUUCAAAGGUCCGAAAAUUCCAGAAUUGCCACUCAUUAAAUCACUCCCACCAUCAUUAGACCAAGCUAAUGCAUUUGUGGGCACACCUAUUACCACAAUUACAAAGAAGGUUUCCAGGUUACUUGAUUUGGUGGCUCUGCCUGCUCGGGAGAUGUCUCCUGACGCUAUGAGCAUUCAGCAAACUCAACCCAAGGUUAUCCCAUCAUGGACUACAUCUAGUGCAUUACGGCCAAGUUCUAUCAAGCCCAGCUACCUCAAAAAUGUUUUUAAGCCCUCCGAGUUAACCUUGCUGCAAACUCCUCCAGUGGUAAAGAGAGCAAGAGCUUUGACAUCUGCUGCCUCUGAUGUCCCUGGCUUCACCCCCCAGUCCAUCCUGAGGUCCAGCCAGGACCCAACGCCUGUAGGGUCUCCUUCUGCUUCUCCGGGCGGGUCCCUCACCCCACCUCUGCAUGUGAAAGAAAGUCGUAUCACCUUCAUAGGGGCUACAACCAAACCUGCACAAUGGAGCAAUUGGGUUAUGGUGGUCUAA